GGGUUUAUGGGAGGGUAAAGGGGAAAAUGGAAGUACAAUGUGGGUUUCAUGUUGUUUUCUUUCAUUUUUCUUUUUUUGACAAUUGGUUUGUUUAUGGAUCUUCUGGACUCCGUUUCUAUGCUUUGAUCCGAGAUGAUGGAUGUAAAGAUUUAAUUUUGGCUUCUGUUGCGUGCUGAUGGGAUUACGUGAUGUUGAUUGUUCUUUAAGUUUUAUGGGUUAUUUCAUCUUGCUUGAAAUUGGAUAAAUCCGAGUUCAAGGUAAGUUAGGGCACUGGUCCUGUGCCGUGCUGCCUUACCUGCAUUUUUUCCAUAAAUGGGCUGUUUCAACUCUAAGUCAGCUAGACCACGACAGUUUCCUGCACAGGAGAAUACUGUAACUCUUGCAUCAGAGACAGCUUUCACUGUCAGCGAGGUUGAAGCAUUGUUUGAGCUUUUUAGGAGCAUCAGCAGUUCUGUUAUUGACGAUGGACUAAUAAGCAAGGAAGAAUUUCAAUUGGCAAUCUUCAAAAACAAGAGAAAGGAGAACAUCUUUGCAAAUCGGAUCUUUGAUCUAUUUGAUGUCAAGAAGAAGGGGGUUAUUGAUUUUGAUGACUUCGUUAGAUCUCUCAAUGUUUUCCACCCAAAUGCAUCAUUAGAAGACAAGAUAGCUUUUUCAUUUAGGGUCUAUGAUUUGCACAAUACUGGCUUUAUAGAGCGUCCAGAGGUCAAGCAAAUGUUAAUUGCACUUCUUUUUGAGUCGGAAAUGAAGUUGGCAGAUGAGGUCAUUGAAACAAUUCUUGACAAGACAUUCUCGGAAGCUGACCUUAACCAAGAUGGAAGAAUAGACAUUGACGAGUGGAAAAAUUUUGUUUCUAAGAAUCCGUCGUUAUUAAAAAUCAUGACCCUACCUUAUCUGAGGGACAUAACAACAUCUUUUCCAAGUUUUGUUUUUAAUUCUAACGUGGACGAAAUUGCUGCAUAAAUUACAAGGCUUUAGGUUGUGAUUGGUGGAGGGAAAAUUGAAAGUAUUAGACACAGAGGAUGUAAUAGGCGCCAUGCUUGAGUAGUUAGCCUUACUCAGUAAAUUGUAAAUCACAUUGGCAUUGAAAUCUUCUAGCCACAUUUCAAGUUAGUGCCUGUUUGAAAACCCCUAUUUUUUUAUUUUUUUUUAUAGGGAUUUUGUUUUUUUGAACAGAGACAAAAUUGAAUAGUUACAAUGAAAAGGUAACAAUUUUUAAACCGUUUUACAUGAAAUAGAAAGAAUAGGAAUUCACAAGGU